AUGAAGCUUCCUAUAUUUUUGACCUGGCUCUUCUACUUUAAUUUUACUCACGCCAAUACCUUCCUCGAUCGCCGCGGCUUGGUGAAGAAGUACUUCGGAAACGAUGCCCCCUGGUAUGACAAUCGCAUACCAUACUUCGAAUCAAGCGACCAAAACAUUACUGAUGUUUACUACUACCGCUGGAAAAUCUUCCGAGCGCAUCAACGCGACCUAGGUCUCCACGGCUAUAUCACGACGGAGUUCCUCAAUGAUGUGGGCUGGCAGACUAACCCCUGGGCAUCUUUGAACGAUGCGACUGGUUUCCACCUCCUCGAGGGCCGCUGGUGCCGCGACCGUCGCUUCAAAGAAGACUACGCAACCUUCAUGUUCGGUCCCGACAGCAAUCCACGACAGUUCUCGGAGAGCAUGGCUGCUUCUGUGUGGGAUGGUUACCUGGUUGACGGCGUGGCUGCAGAUGCCACUGCGAGGGUUAAUGCCAUGAUGAAUGUCUACAAAGCCUGGGACGACUCUUUUACUGCCGACAAAGGCUUAUACUGGGUCGAGCCGCUUCGCGAUGCGACAGAGUACACCAUCUCCAGCAUCGAUGCCAGCGGCGGCGCAGACGGGUUUAGAGGUGGCGAAGCGUUUCGACCAAGCAUGAACAGCUACCAGUACGCAAACGCCAAAGCCAUCUCCGCUCUUGCCGAUAUGGCUGAUAUGGGCAACGCUGGGGGUGAGUUUGGAUCAAAAGUUCCAGCACUCAAAGCUAGGGUACAGGAGGAUCUUUGGAACUCGACAUUUGAGCACUUUAUCGAUCGCUACAAGGCAGACAACAAGCACGUCAAGUUCUGGGACUUCAUCCGAGGACGCGAGCUCGUCGGCUAUGUUCCGUGGGCCCACGACUUGCCAGAUGAUACCCCUGAAUAUGCCCAGGCUUGGAAACAUAUUCUCAAUAGCAGUGAGCUUGCUGGUGAGCACGGACUGCGUACUGUCGAGCCGAGCUUCCAGUACUACAUGUACCAGUAUCGCUUCGAACUCGGGAAGCCAGAAUGCCAGUGGAAUGGACCUGUGUGGCCUUUCCAGACUACUCAAGUUCUUACUGGACUUGCGAACUUCCUCGACCACUACCCCAAGGGCGUUGCUACCGGUGUCAUCAACCAAGCAGACUACAUUAGACUGCUCCGACAAUAUGCGCAACUACACUUCAAUCCCAAAAGGAAUGGCACUCUCAACCUUGAAGAAGACUACUAUCCCGAUACGGGAGCACCUAUCGUCGGUCUCAAGCGCUCAUCUCACUACUUCCACUCGGGCUUCAUUGAUCAGGUCCUUACUGGACUUGUGGGCCUACGCCCAAAUAACAAGUACGAGAUAGAGAUCAACCCACUCAUCAACGGCUCCGACAUUUCCUGGUUCCGCGUUGAGCGAAUGCAAUACCACGGCCACGAAGUGUCGGUACAGUGGGAUUCCACGGGAGAGCACUAUCCCAAUUUCUUCAAAGGCCUACAGGUUGAAGUUGGCGGCAGGGUUCUCGCAUCGUCUCCUGUCCUCACUCGUCUGACUGUCCAAUUCGAACCUCGCGAUAAUCCACCAUACUUUGAUCCCCGGAAGGCAUUAUCUAUACAGCACAACAUCACCACGCCUUUCCCACGAGGCAGCGCAUCAGUCUCUAAUGCCGAUCCAUUGGAGUUACAUAGCGCCAUCGACGGGCGUAUCUUUUUCUUCCCCGAGCCCGAAGUCGCCAACGGCUGGAACACACCCAUCGGCGACGGUAACGAGGUGUGGUUCGAGAUCGAUUUCGGUGCUCUGGUUGUUAUUCAAGCGUCAGAAAUUGCGUUUUUCGCAGAUGAGGCGCAGAACUUCAAUGCCCCGGAGUUUUAUCACGUGCAAAUUAUCGACAAGGACAACAAAUGGGUGGAUGUGGAGGAGCCAAAGUAUGGCGACACGGUGGCUAAUGGCAUUACUACUGUGGAGUGGAAGAAAGUGUCAAGUAGCAAGGUCCGACUUGCUUUCAGGCCAAAGAAGGGGACAAAGGCGAGGCUUGUUGAGUUUAAAAUCUAUUAG